UCGGGGGCGCAUACUUUCUGACGCAGAACAUCGAUCUGCAAGAUUCAGUGAUCGGAAUUCGGACGGAGACCGUUGAGACAAAAAAAGAAAAAACUAGAAGGAUGUCCUCUACUUCGAGCAGAGAUGACACAUUUGAACAAGAAGCCAAGCUUCCAUUACUGCGACACACUCCUUCUGCUUCCUGCGAUACCCAAAUAGUCCAAGCGGUGGACGAAGAAGACCAUCUCCCUCAUGAAUCACUCACGUCUCAGACCUUGCACGAAUCCAAGAAGCUCUGGAAGAUUGUAGGCCCCACCAUCGUCUUCCGUAUGGCUUCCUAUUCCAUGAUCGUCGUCUCCCAGGCCUACGCCGGCCACAUCGGCGAUCUCGAGCUCGCCGCCAUUUCCAUCGGCUACAACGUCAUCAUGGGCUUGGAUUUCGGCUUGCUGUUGGGAAUGGCCAGCGCAUUGGAAACUCUUUGCGGGCAAGCGUUCGGGGCUAAGAAGUACCAUAUGUUGGGCGUUUACAUGCAACGAUCGUGGGUUGUGUUAACGCUAUGCUGCAUUAUCUCAUUACCUCUGUUUCUGUUCGCUUCUCCGAUCUUGAAGUUCUUUGGGGAGCCCACAUCGGUGUCUGAGCUCACCGGCGUCGUGGCCAAUUGGAUGAUCCCGCUCCACUUUUGUUUCGCUUUAGUGUUCCCGUUGCAGAGAUUCUUUCAGUGUCAGACGAAGACCGUGGUUCCUGCUUGGGUUUCUCUGGUGGCUCUGGGACUUCACGUGUUUCUCACUUGGUUAUUCGUCUAUGUCUUCCACUUCGGAGUUAUCGGUGUCACGAUCACCUUAUGCUUGGCUUGGUGGAAUCUGGUGUUUGGAUUGAUGGGUUAUAUCGUUUGUGGUGCGUGUCCUUUGACGUGGACUGGUUUCUCUAUUCAAGCUUUCUCUGGCCUCUGGGAAUUUCUCAAGCUCUCUGCUUCUUCUGGGGUCAUGCUCUGCUUGGAGACUUGGUACUACAGAAUUUUGAUCCUCAUAGCUGGAACUUUGAAGAACGCAGAGCUUACUCUAGAUGCUCUGUCCAUCUGCAUGUCUAUUAAUGGAUGGGAGAUGAUGAUUCCACUGGCUUUCUUUGCAGCUGCGGGAGUUCGGGUGGCGAAUGAACUCGGAGCAGGGAAUGGAAGGGGAGCGAAGUUUGCGACAAAUGUUUCAGUGUUGACGUCUUUGGGCGUUGGAGUGGUUUUCUGGGUUUUGAUAAUGUUAUUCGACUACCAAAUCGCCAGCUUCUUCUCUUCCAGUGAGUCUGUUCUCCGAGCAGCGGUCGAUCUGAAGCUCCUCUUGGCCUUCACCGUCCUUCUCAACAGCGUUCAACCUGUUAUCUCCGGUGUGGCUGUGGGAUUGGGGUGGCAAACCUACGUGGCUUACAUAAACCUUGGCUGCUAUUACUUCAUCGGCCUCCCUCUUGGGUAUCUCCUGGGGUGGUAUUUUAGCCUUGGGGUCACGGGCAUAUGGAGCGGAAUGUUGUGGGGUGGAACUGGUACCCAAACGCUUUUGCUAGGCAUCAUGAUCCUUCGCUGCGAUUGGGACGAAGAGGCGGAGAGAGCUCGGAGACACGUACAGAAGUGGGAUACGGAGAUUGAGAAGGAUCCUCCAACCAUAACAUAGUCCAUCCAACUGGCCAGAAUUUAACGUUCUUGUCUUUGCUUUAUUUUUCCCAUUAGAGUGCACCAUGAGAUUGUUUCAUCACUUCCUCGUUGUUCCUUCCUUAUUCCUUUUCCUUUCCAGUUGGCAAUGAUAUGCUCAUUGCUCAUCCAAUUAUAACAGUCAGAUACUGGGAAACCCAAAGGCACCUCAAAAUCCUUACUUCUCCAUUAAACUGGGCCGACCUUAUCAAAAUGAACGCGGCCUAACUUCGAAAUCCCAUCCAUCACAAUCAAGAGCAGAAACUUUCUAGGCCCUGCACCAAUGUUUACUGUGUUCCUCAACAUUGUCACAUCACUAUAAACAAAAGUUGGUCAAAUUAAUAAAUAUUUAACUCAUAAUUCAUGAGUUAAGAGAUCAAAUCUCACAAUCAAUUGAAGAA